AUGGCUUCUUCAGUUUUGCCCACGCUGGAUCUGGGUAUUGAUUACGAACUAGCUCAGGAAAACAUCAAGGAUUUCCUAGUGCACUACAAGGAGGAAACAGCAACUUCUGGUGAAGAACAAGAAGAUGGAAACGAUAAUAGUGACAUUGGUCAAGGUCCAAAAUAUAUGCAACAACUGCAAAACAUUGCCAAUCGGGAACAAGAUUCUCUUUUUAUCGAAUUAGAUGAUAUUUACCACUACCAAAGAACAAAGCAGUUCGAACAGGCACCUGACAAUCAGGGACGGAACCUACUAAAUCUACAUUACAUGGUGAUGGAAAAUACUAAGCGCUUUUCGGAGCUCUUUUGCAACUGUGUUGAUGAACUUUUGCCUGCCCCAACUAAGGACAUAGAUUACGAGACUGACGUGUUAGACGUGAUCCUGCACCAAAGAAGGUUGAGAAAUGAAAGAAAUAUCUUGGAAACCAGAGACGAGUUCCAACAGAUGGCACAAUCUUUAAAUGAAGAUAGCCAACCCAAUUUGGAUCAGUUGGCUUCUACUGAUGCAGAUUUGUUCCCAGCAACUCUAAUCAGAAGAUAUCAUCUAUACUUUAAACCUUUGACAAACAGAUCCACCAGGAAACUCAAACCACUCUCUGUCAGAGAAAUCAAGGGUAACUACCUGGGUAAACUUAUUACUGUUCGUGGUAUCAUUACCAGAGUAUCUGAUGUGAAACCAAGUGUUCUAGUCAAUGCAUACACUUGUGACCAAUGUGGUCAUGAAGUGUUCCAGGAGGUUAACAAAAGAACUUUCACCCCAAUUGUCGAAUGUCCCUCGGCUCAAUGUUCAGAAAAUCAAACCAAAGGUCAAUUAUUCAUGAGUACCAGAGCUUCCAAGUUUAGUGCUUUCCAAGAAUGUAAAAUUCAGGAGUUAUCGGACCAAGUGCCAAUCGGUCACAUCCCAAGAACUCUAACAAUUCACGUCAAUGGACCUCUAGCUAGAUCAAUGAUCCCAGGUGAUGUUGUGGAUGUCAGUGGUAUAUAUUUGCCUUCGCCUUACACUGGUUUCCGUGCAUUGAAGGCAGGGUUAUUGACCGAGACAUACCUCGAAACCCAGUACGUUUACCAGCACAAAAAGAAGUUUGCUUCGCUUCAGGUCGAUGAACACUUAAAGGAUAGAGUUGCUAAAAUAGUGGAACAAGGGGAUGUCUAUAAUAGAUUAGCUAAGUCAAUUGCACCAGAAAUUUACGGUAACCUCGAUGUGAAAAAAUCGCUACUCCUAUUACUUGUUGGUGGUGUAGACAAACACGUUGGUGAUGGUAUGAGGAUUAGAGGUGAUAUCAACAUUUGUCUCAUGGGUGAUCCUGGUGUUGCUAAAUCUCAAUUGUUAAAGUCAAUUUGUAAAAUUUCACCAAGAGGUGUCUACACGACAGGUAAGGGUUCUUCAGGUGUGGGUUUAACCGCAGCAGUUAUGAAGGACCCAGUAACAGAUGAAAUGGUCUUGGAAGGUGGUGCUUUGGUUCUAGCAGAUAAUGGUAUCUGUUGUAUUGAUGAAUUUGACAAAAUGGAUGAAAGUGAUAGAACAGCUAUUCACGAAGUUAUGGAACAACAAACCAUCUCUAUUUCGAAGGCUGGUAUCAAUACCACAUUGAAUGCUAGAGCUUCUAUCCUUGCUGCUGCCAAUCCUCUGUAUGGUAGAUACAAUCCAAGAUUAUCACCUCUAGAGAAUAUCAAUUUACCAGCUGCUCUUCUCUCUAGAUUUGACAUAAUGUUCUUGUUACUAGAUCUACCAAGCAGAGAAAACGACGAGAAAUUGGCAGAGCAUGUUACCUAUGUUCAUAUGCAUGACAAACAACCAGACUUUGGUUUCGAACCAAUUCCAUCAAAUGAAAUGAGGGAAUACAUCGCUUAUGCAAAGACAAAGAGACCCGUACUUUCUGAAGCCGUUAAUGAACACAUUGUCCAAUCUUAUACCAGAAUGAGACAAGACUCUAAAAAAGCAUUAGAUUCCAGGUUCUCUUUCGGACAGGCAACACCAAGAACAUUACUUGCUAUUAUUAGAUUAUCACAGGCUCUAGCAAAACUAAGAUUGAGUGAUAGUGUUGAGAUCGAAGAUGUUGAUGAAGCUUUGAGAUUGGUGGAAGUUUCCAAGGAGUCAUUGUACAGCGAUAACAAGAAUCCAUACGAAGAUGAAAACCCAACGACAAGAAUCUAUACUAUUAUUAAAAAGAUGGCAACGGAGAAUGGCAGAUUCAACAAGAGACUACCAUACGAGUCUAUCGUCAGAACCAUUAGAUCAAGAGGUUUCACGAUGUUGCAACUAGCAAGUUGCAUAAAGGAAUAUGAGUACUUGAACGUUUGGCAUCAAAUAGAGGAUGGAAAUACCUUAUUGUUUAUUGAUGACAUCGAUGAAUCAGCAGACGAUGAAUCAGCACCAGCAAGCCAGAUGACAGAAAGCUCACAAGCAGAAGAUAUCACUAUGGAAUAG